AUGGCACCGCAAGUGACCGCGACGUGUUUUCAAGAGGUGGAGACGGCAUCUCUGCGCAUGCUCGUGCUACCACACGCAGGCGGUAUGUCACGUACGCUGGCACUUGAGUGGGGCAAGAGUUUUCGCGCUGCAGGUCUGGCUGUGGACCUGUGGGGCGUAGACUGGACAUGGUCAUUGGCAGAUGACGUCGCGGAGGAUACUGCCGCUCUCUCGCUGGAGCUUGUGACUGCCAUAUGCAAGAAACUGAGCAUUGGUUUCUUUAGCAAGCCGUUUGUUCUGAUAGGUCAUAGUCUCGGCGCGUUGGUGGCAUUGGCCUUGACGCACUUCCUAGAGCAGCAAACGUUCUCGACUCCUCGCCACGUAUUCUUCUCGGGGGCUGCAGGUCCUGAUAUGUGGAAGCUGUACGACAUGGGUGUGUUGCAGGGAGAUGCAAAACUGCUGGAGUUGCUGGACCAGUGGGGAGGCACGGACAAGGGUCUGCUGGAGAUUCCAGAGCAGAAACAAAAGUUGUUGAAAGAUCUGCGUGCCGAUUUGAUACUGCACAAUGGCGUCGUGCAUUGGCUCAAAAAGCAGAAGGGGCUGAAGAUUUGUUCCGAUGUGACGGUGUUUGGUGGAUCAGAAGAUGCAGCGGCUCCAGUGGACUCGUUACCCAAGUGGAAGGAAGUCUGCGCUGAGGACAGGGAAUUCAAUGUAAAGCUGUUUCCAGGUGGACACUUUUACUUGACGAGUGCUGAGAGUCAGGAGGUUUUUGCGAAAGCUUUUAUUGCCAAACUGGAGGUUGUGUCUGCAAUUGUCGUGACGGAGUCGCGUGCUUUGAUCAACGGGUUAAACUCGAAGGUUGGGUUAUAUCCGUCGAAAAAGUGCCUGCACGACAUAUUCGCGGAGGCUGUUAAGCGGACUCCCAACACAAUUGCUUUGCACUACGAGGGCAAAACGUUGACGUUCCGUGAAGUGGACGAGCAAAGUGAACGACUCGCUGAUUACCUGUAUCACGCUGGUGUGCGUCCUAACUGCAUCUCAGGCAUCUUCAUGGAGCACUGCAUUGAGUUUGUGAUAGCUUAUAUCGCUGCACUGAAGGCUGGUGGCGCGUACAUGCCGCUAGAAAUUGUUUAUCCUCCUGAUCUUCUUGAACGCGUCAUGGAAGAGUCCAAGCCAACUGUCGUGCUGACUAAGAAGAAGUUCCGCAGCCGCCUACCAGCCUGGCAACAAGCACUUGAGCUGGACAAUGGUUGGCUCGAUGCUUUAGCUCAGAAAAGUAUUCCUGCCAUGCCUGCAGGUCGCACGCGCACCCACCCGGAUGAUCUGGCAUACGUAGUCAUGUCGUCAGGAACCACAGGCAUACCAAAAGGUAUAUGCUGUCCUCAUCGUGGUGCUGUGCAUUCGUACCAUUGGCGUCUUACCCAUUGUCCGUACAAAGAAGACGACCGUGUCGCAUGCCAUGUCUUUUUUGUUUGGGAGCUGCUACGACCAAUGCUUGGAAACCGACCGUUGUACAUCAUCCCAGACAAUGCAAUUUACGAUCCCGUCAAGUUGGUCGAUUACCUUGACACUCAUGAUAUCACUCGCAUCCUCUUCACGCCGUCACUCCUGCAAUUAGUUCUUGAUACGUGCUCGAGGGACGAACUACUGCUGAAGCUUUCAAAGCUGCGGCUGGUGUGGCUUUGUGGUGAAGUUGUUACAUUGGCGCUGCGUGAUCGCUUCGUUCGUCUCUUUCCCAAGUGUGAGCUGCAGAACCUUUACAGUGUAUCGGAGUGUCAUGACGUGAGUGCGGUGGAUCUUGCCGCAAUGACCGACUAUGACAACUCGCUAUCUACAAAGUAUACUUCUUGCGGCAAAGUCAUGCCAAAUGUGAAAGCGUAUGUGCUAGAUGACGAUUACAAGUCUGUUUCUGUCGGCGUACCUGGAGAGCUCUAUAUUGGUGGACCCUGUUUGGCCAUCGGAUAUCUUAACCGCCCGGAGCAGACAGCAGAGCGCUUCCUUAAGCACGUCGUGCCAGGAGAGACUGUCUAUAGGACAGGUGAUCGUGCACGUUUCUUGCCAAAUGGCCACCUCGAACUUAUUGGGCGCUGCGACUUCAUGGUGAAGAUUCGCGGGUACAGUGUUGUAUUGGGUGCUGUCGAGUCAGCUUUAGCUCAGCACUCUUUAGUGUCCUCAUCGGUGGUGCUCACGGAAGGAGACGAGGGUGAGGACAAGCGUUUAGUCGCCUAUAUCGUACCAGAAGACUGGGAAAAGGUGCCGAGUGCAUCAAAUCUUCGCAAGUUCUUGAAGGGAAAGCUUCCGCACUACGCGAUCCCAUCCAUAUUUGUAAGGCUUGAUGCGCUUCCAAUUAACAGUGCAAGCGGCAAGCUGGAUCGUAAGAAGAUGCCGUCGGUCGAGGAGGCCAAGAAGUUGCGCAACGAAUCGAUUGAUUUGUCAGUGGAUUUAAAGAACCUGCCGCAGACCGAUACCGAGAGGAAACUUGCAUCCAUCUGGUCCGAGCUUCUCCGUCUCGAAAACGACAACGUGCUGCAUCGUGAAGCAAGCUUUUUCGAUGUGGGUGGCCACAGUUUGCUUUCGACACGAUUGGUUUCAAGUAUCCGCGACACGUUUGGCGUUCAGCUGACACUGGCAGACAUUUUGUCUUCGCCGAAGCUGUGUGCUAUCGCAUCGCAAAUUGACCAGUUCCUUAGCGGCCCCAGCGAAUGCAACACUUCAGUGGACAACAAAAGGACGGAGAAAAAAGUGGUUCUGCCGUUAGAAGCGGUCUUGGAUGCAUCGAUAUACCCUGCUGCCACCCGUAAGGCUGGUUACAGUCGUUAUCGCGUGGAAAUGGUGGGAUUGCCUCCACGCAACCUUUUCCUGACAGGAGCGACUGGAUUCCUAGGUACUCAUCUGCUGCAUGCUCUGCUGAAGUAUUCGACAAGCAUCAUCUUUUGCUUGGUCCGUGCUGCUGAUGAGGACGCGGCAAUGGAUCGCAUUAAGAAAGCACUGAAGGAGUUUGCACUUUUCGAGGAAGCACAAAAGUUUCAUCUAGAGGACCGAGUAGUUCCUGUUCCGGGCAACCUCGCGCAACCGCUUCUAGGUCUGGACGCCGACACGUUCAAGAUGCUGGCGACUGAGAUCGACGCGAUUCUGCAUAACGGCGCAGAAGUUAACUUGGUGAAGCCAUACUCCGCCAUGAAGAGCGUCAACGUAUUGGGCACGCAAGAAGUGUUGCGUCUUGCAGUGACCAACGGGUUGGCGAAGACACGCGUGAAGCCCGUUCACUAUAUCUCAACGAAUGGAGUUUUCCCAUCGGCGCUGGCCGCACCCAAGUUUUUGGAGAACGCUAACUUGACCGAGCUGUCUGAUCAACUCGACAACGGCUACGCACAAAGCAAGUGGGUAUCCGAGCAAAUGUGUCACGAGGCUGCUCAUCGUGGCCUCCCAGUCUCGAUUCUGCGUCCCGGCAACAUGGCUCCGUCCUCUCUCGUAGGCCAAUGGAACACCAGCGACUUCAUCUACUUGCUGCUCAAGGGCUGCGUGAGUCUUGGUGCCGUGCCCGAUCGGUCUGACUGGUAUUUCGACAUGACUCCAGUAGAUUAUGCAGCGCGUGCCAUCGUACACUUUGCUGCUCUUCGGCCAGUAGAGGCGCUUGGCCAGACACUGCACAUCCAGAACCCGUCGCUGCCUGUGAAGAGCGACGUAUUCUUUUCGAUUUUCACGGCUGCAAUGGCUAGCAAGAAGUUGUCAGUGAUGGAAUACUCGAAAUGGAAGACGAGUCUGCAACAAAGUGCUGCCAAGAAGGACGCGUCACUCGAGCUACAGAAAUUGGCAGCAGGCAUUGAUUCGUUCGAAAUGUACUUUCAGAGCAACAAGGUUUUCGACUCGACAAUCUCAGCCGAAUUGCUACAAGCUCGAGACAUUUUCUGUCCCAUCAUCAAUCAGCAGCUGCUGACCACGUACACUGCCAUGUGGGUGAGCUCGUCAAAACAUAACAAUUAA